AUGAUCGGCGGCGGUUGGCGGCGGGGGGGAGAAGAAAGGGCGACCGACGGUGAGUCGGCGACCGCAGGGCAUUCAAAGAGAAGUAGUGGCAAGUCCGUGUUAAGCGAGGAGCUCUAUCAGGGUGUCUACAUGGCUGCAAACUCCAUUCAGGAGAGUAUCCUCUGGAUCCAGGCCCAGGAGAAGAAGAUGGUUGCGAUUGGAUGUCGCGGGGACUCCGCGGAUCACAAGAAUCUGUUGGAGUUGAAAUCCGGUCUGUCUGAGUUGUUGGAGAAGCUCUUACGUCUUGCCGAAUCCGAGACCCAGAGGAAGAUCCGCGCGCAGCAGAACGCCUGUUGGAUCGGCAAUAAAGGGAAGGCUGAGAAGAGGAUCCGAUCGAUGAAAUCGAUGGAUAGCCAGAGCAAGAUUGCCGAGGACGCUGAGAUGGAAUUUGUAGGGAAGUCAUCCAAGAGGACCAGCAGCCAAAGCAGAUCCGUGAAUAAGCAGAGCAAGAUUUGCGACGGUGGCAAAUCGAUCUUCAAUCGGUUCAGGGAGCAGGAGCUGCAGGCCAUGAAGGAGCUGUUCGAGGAGCUGCCGGACAAUAUAUCGAUGUCCAUAGCAGCAUCUGUCAAAAACAUUAUUGAGGCCCAGGCGGAGACCUUGAUGGAGGAGAGGGCGGCUGGCUUCAAAUUAGGUUUGUUCUCCCGGCGGUUCGAUGGCCUGUGGGACUCCAUGCGUCAGCUAACCUCGACAGAAUUGAAAUUCCUAGCGAUUUCCAUGUUUACUUGUGAUGAGUCCUUUGUACGCUGCUGCUCCACAUUGAAGUCCAUCUCAGCAGUUAUCGACAGGCUUGGUGAUUGGGUGCCAGAAUUGACAGGGGUAAUAAGACAGACUAAGAAAGAUGAAGCUAUCCUCAUAAGGGAUGUGGAUGUGGUAAUGAGACAGAAUAAGGAAGAUGAAGAUGUCCUCACAAGGGAUGGGGAUGUGGUAAUGAGGCAGAAUAAGGAAGAUGAAGAUGUCCUCUCAAGGGAUGAGGAGGAGGAGGAGGAGGAGGAUUUGGAUGUGCGUACAUAUGAGGUGGAGAAGAAGGCUGAGGAGUAUUAUUUCGCUGCUUAUCGUAGAUACUGGGAACGUAGACAUGGCAAUGGUUGCAACUUUGAAGACCCAACGUUAUUCAGCCCCAUGCAGUUCACCCACUACAUGCCAGGCAACGCCGGCCAAACCAUAAAUGAUGCUAAAUUAUUGAGGACCAUGCAGAUCUACUCCAUUAAAGUGGCAGAAACAAAAGGUAUCCCCCUCGAGUGGCCACUGAAUGUAUAUGGUGUGGUUGCUGCCCGAGAUGUUGUGGACCAUCGUCGCAACCAUCUCUUCCUUCGCACUAGGGAUGAUUGCCAAAUCCUUACGGAAGAGAAUCCUUUUUUGCACUUGACUGGCCCGUCUCGUGCAAUUAUGUCUGGUGACACUGUUAUGAUUGAAGUCCAACUACAACUAAAGGGCAGAGUGCAGUCUGAAGAUGCAGUAUUGAUCGGUAAAGCCUUCACUUAUGAUGAUGAUGAUCAUGACGAUCAUGGUGAUAGUCACCUCCAGGGCCUUUGCACAAUAGUGUUAAGCUGUGAGCAUCUUGAACAAUCAGUCCAAGCCACAAUCCUCAGUGUCUGUGCUGUACAGGGCUCAUUGCCUUGGGGAAAUGGCAUUGUUUGCUCGGCACUAUCUUUAGACAAAACUGAAGUUGGUGUUACAGGCUCGCCUAAGCAUGUUUUGCUGUUUGAUUCACAAGCUGGAACAAUGCCUGAGGAUGAAGAGUGUUAUCUCGAGCUGUCGAGGAAUGUGGUGUCUGUAAAAUCAACAAGGGAGCUCACAAUUUUCAUGAGGGCUGGAGAACUCAGUGGAAGUGUCGUCUUCACACCCCAAUCCAGCAACGUAAGUCAAGGACGUUGUAACCUUGGCAAUUGUUUAGUGGAGAUAACUGUUGCUUGGUCCCUCCUUGUUGAAAGCCAGCAUCUUGUCAAGCUGAGAGGAUCUAUAGAGCCUUAUGGAAACAAGUUAAGUACAUGUAUGCCUUUCAUGAAACUUGUUAAAGACGCUUGUUGA